UUUGAUAACUGGGACCUAGCUAUAAAACAUGUUGAAAAUUAUAUAAUGGAAAAUGGUUUUAAAGUUGUAAAAUGCCAAACUCAAAAAAACAAGGGUGGUGAAAUCGUAUGUCGCACUUUAGAAUGCAAACAUUCUGGUGAGUACAAAGCCAAAAUAAAGGCUGACACAGAAGAAAACCGUGAACACGAAAGUAUAAAAAUUGGCUGUUCAUGGAAAGUUAAUUUUUACCUUUCUAAUGGCAUUAUACGAGUUACGUCAAUGUCUCCAAAGCAUAAUCAUCCAUUACUUGAAGUUGUACAAGAUAUUGAAAUAAAGUUCUGUCAUCUCACGCCUGAAAUGCUUGAAGAGAUUGAGUUCCUUGUGAAAAUUGGCUGUGAUGCAGGUCCCAUUAUCUGUGGACUUCAAAAACGUUUCCCUAAUGCUACAAUUAAGUAUGAAUUUAAGAAGCAAUGGAGUGAUCUACUCAAUAAGUAUCCAAAAGCAAGAAAGUAUCUUGAACGUGCCCUUGGCGUUGAUGUUACUA